UCAUUUUUUGAUCUUUCAGAUUUUCCAUGUGAAGUUGGGCUUGCAAAAUCAGUUGAUUACAUGGUUGAGCCCAAGGAUUAUAUGAACUUCACCCAAUUUUUGCUAGACUAUGUUGAUAAAGAGGAGAAUAAACCACUUAGUAGCAUUCAACCUAGAUUUGGAGGACAUCAGACCCUAGAGGAAAGAGAGAAAUCCUUCUAUGCCCAAAAUCAGACAAUUCACUGCGGUUUUGUCAAAGAACCCCCUGGAUUUUCAAACACUAGAUUCAAAUUGAAUGAAAUGGACAAGAGAUAUAUGAAAAGUUGUGCAGUUGUGGUCUCUUCUUGCAUUUUUGGGAGCUCUGACUUUCUUAGGAGGCCUACAAGCAAAGUGAUUAGUGAUUUUUCCAAGAAAAACGUUUGUUUUGUUAUGUUUGUGGAUGAGCAAACACUAUCAAAUCUGUCUUUAGAAGGACAUGUUCCUGAUGACAGAGGAUAUGUUGGUUUGUGGAAAAUUGUCAUUGUGAAGGACUUGCCAUAUGCAGACAUGCGAAAAACUGGCAAGGUGCCAAAGUUUCUAUCACACCGUCUCUUCCCUUCUUCUAGGUAUUCAAUUUGGAUUGAUAGUAAGAUGCGACUUAAUACCGACCCAAUGCAGAUAAUCGAGUACUUUCUAUGGCGAACAAGGUCAGAGUAUGCCAUUUCAAACCAUUAUGAUCGCCACUGUGUUUGGGAUGAGGUACAACAGAAUAAGCGUCUGAAUAAGUAUGACCAUACGGCUAUUGAUAAGCAGUUUAUCUUUUACCAGUCUGAUGGCCUUAGAAAAUUUGAUCCUUUGGACCCAAAUACUCCUCUUCCGAGCUAUGUCCCUGAAGGUUCCUUUAUUAUAAGAGCACAUACACCAAUGUCAAAUUUAUUUUCUUGCCUCUGGUUUAAUGAAGUUGAUCUAUUUACCUCGCGAGAUCAACUAAGUUUUGCAUACACUUACUUGAAACUGAGGAGAAUGAAUCCAGAUAGACCAUUCCACUUAAACAUGUUUAAGGAUUGCGAGCGCAGAGCACUAGGAAAGCUGUUCCGGCAUCGAACUUCGCCGUCUUAGCCCUCUCCUUGAUCAAUUAGUUUCUGACAGAUGUACAGUGCAUGCGGGGGAAAAUAAUCAAAGUAAAGAUCUGUUCAUGCAAAAAUCCAGUUCAAGAAUUUUCUUUUCCGGAUCUUUCAAGCUUGAUUGAAACCAUUCCUCGGUGCCUGAAUAUAGCCGCCGCUCAAAAAUUGAUUAAAGCUAUAUUAUGUUGGCAGAUAGAAAUAUUUCCUGGGAUCAGAUAGGACUUGAGGAGAAAAUACUGUUGUGAGUUUUAUGAAGAAUUCUCUUAAAUGCAGGUGAAGGGAAGAAUGGUUUAGAUUUGUUGCACAGUCAGCAAAAAAUUAUAGGUGGGCAUUAUGGUUAAACUGAUUGCAAAUGUAAAUUAUCAAAUAAAUGAAUACACGGCUGUAAGUAUGGCUGGUGUGGCAGUUCUAUUGUUUUGUAACUUUGCUUUUGGUAAAUUUAUUUUUUUAAGCAUAGGUAUUAUUUGUACCCUAAAGAGAGGGAGAAACUGUAUACAUGCGAGUUCCGCUGUAUUUUCUGUCCUUUUUUUCGAUCACGGUUAUGCCGUCUGACUAAAAGUUAGGGAUUUGAUUCA